UGAAAGAGGAGCGAAUCAAAGUGUCCUUUUCACCAGUGGAUCAAUAUAUAUAUUCUGUUUCUGUGGCCAGAUUAUUUACUAGAAAUCUGCCGAGCACUCAACAAUUAAGACACUUAACGUUCGAGUUGAGAAUCCGAGCGCGUUCACGUCGCUUCGGAGAGAGCGCGCCCGUAGGUUUCGAAGAACUCUCGGGUCGUGACGUCACGGUGACACGCUGGUGUCACCCGACAGUUGAGUUAACAUUCAAGGCACGGACGGAGCACAACACGGCAGACACAUUAAGCAGCUUGCAGCCGCGAUGGCUUCUGCGAGUGUGGUGGGCCAACACCCGGCCCAGCACAGGCUGGACUCGGAACCUCUGCUUCGGGUCUUCAAACCGGCUGCCAGCAGGAAGAAAAUCACCCUUCCGAGGAAGUCUUCCUGGGAGAAAAUGAUGUUGAGAAGAUGCGGUUCCGUUACCGCCGCGAACCAAGCCGGGACGUGUCAUUUGCCUGUAGGACCAACGGGCGACACGGCAGUCGCAACCGGCGGGUCUCCAACGGGUGGGUGCCGACGAGGAGCCUCGUCUGCCCCCGCUUCGCCACGUAGCCCGGACCAAGCCAGGCAGCAGGGCAGCGUGCGCUCCGACUGGAGCUCCCCGGCCGGGGGAGACUCUCGGGACCGCAACGCGAAGGCUGCGCUCCAGUGCGCCCCAGUCGAUGUCACGAACAGCGCGUCGGUUGCUUCCCGGCACCGGCAGAUUCGACACAGCGGACGGGAGCAUACCAACAAAGAGGUCGGACACCAGGGCAUUUUUAGCUCGGUGUCCGCCCGGGACGAGAACGGGGGUCUUCCUCUGGAGCGUCUCACGCAGGGCAGGACCGGAGUGGUGAGGUUGGCCCGCACCGAGCCUCCCCGCAGGGAGGCCUGGGCCAUCUUCCCGCUCCCGGCCGACAAGGGUGCGGGACACCGGUUCGAAGCCAAGGCCGUUACGCAGGACUGGUGUGACGCUUGCAGCCGUCAGAUCACCGCGCAGGCCCUCGAGUGUCAAAAUUGCACCUACACCUGCCAUCUGGAGUGUGAGAGACAAGUCCAGCUGGACUGCAACCAGAGGGACCAUAAGCCUGAAGAAACUCAAUUUCCCAGAAGCCGCUGUUCCACCCCCAAACACAAAAAGAGUGAAGCAAAGGAGGAAGAGGAGGGGGGUGUAAAAGACCUUCCAGAAGAAGAGGUGCGCACCAGGAUAGAAGAAUAUAACGCCCGGGUGUCAGAGAAUGGCAUGAAACUAGCCUCAGACGGCUCUUACACAGGUUUCAUCAAAGUCCAUCUGAGGCUUAGUCGACCCGUCACAGUGCCGGCUAUGGAGGUGCCGGUCCCGGGAGGCCCUGAUGGCUCACCAUCAGAGGGCCGAGACUGUGGGCAGGGUGAGGACCGAACCUCCUUCUACCUCCCCUGUGACUGCGUGAAACAGUUGCACAUCAGUUCCACGACAACAACCAGAGAGGUGAUCCAGGGCUUGCUGAAAAAGUUCAUGGUGUUGGACAACCCUCGCAAGUUUGCUUUAUACAGGCAGACGCACCGUGAUGGACAAGAUUUGUUCCAGAAACUUCCUCUGUGUGAGCGUCCCCUUCUUCUCAGACUGAUAGCAGGGCCUGACCCGGAGCGGCUCAGUUUUGUCCUCAAAGAAAACGAGACUGGAGAAGUGGAGUGGCACGCUUUCUCAGUCCCGGAGCUUCAAAACUUCCUGGUCAUCCUGGACAAAGAGGAGGCGGAGCGUGUGCGAGCCGUGCAAUCUAAAUAUACAAUGUACAGACGCAAACUACAGCAAGCUCUACAGCAGCACGACCCCUGACCCCGCCCCCCCACCCCAAACCUGGUACCAUGUGACCUCAAAGCAGGGAGAGAUUUAACCCUUUCAACACUGAAUGCCCACCCAUCACCGCUCCGGAGAGACGCCAUCCUUGAAGACGGUUUGGAGACGGAGCUGAGCUCGUCUACGCAUGUACACACAAACGCACACAGCCUUUCUCAGGACACAUAUAUAUACACCCCCACCUUGCUCCCUCUUUGAAGAGCUCCAGGAGACUUUAGGGGUAUGUGGACUUACUCAAGAACCCAGCUGGGACUACAAAGUGUUCCGUUGCAUUUAAAAUGACCCUCUCUCCUUCUACUGCUGCUACUGCAAAGUGUUACUUAUGCAUGAGUCUCUCACAACAUACCUAAACAACCCAUUUAGAAUGACGAAUCGAACGCAUGAUUAUCCUUUGCAGAAUCUCUUCAGAAAGAAAGGACAAUCAUACCAAGUGUGUGUUUUCCUUCAUUGAAAUGUUGACUCUGAUGUGCAAGAAUCUGGUGUUGAUUUUGUUGCUUGAAUAGAAGACGUGGGCUCGGGAGGGAGGUGGAGGUUCAGGGGCCAUAUUGAAAAACAAAGCUUUCAAAAAAAACAAAACAAAGCUUUAAAAAACAAUCGACUCAAUCUUGGCAUUCUGGAUUGCGGCUUCAGCAAGUCUAUCCUGCUCAGUGGCAUAGGGGCUUGAAAAGUGUGUAUUGAGACCCAGCCGAAUGUCUACGGUCCACCUGCAAUUGAAGCCAUUUUGUGACUCAAAAACACUUCUGCGCAUUUGACGAAUAGGAUGUUUGCACCAAACUCAGAGGAACACAUCCAACCUUGAUGAUUUUAAAAUGUGGGAAACACAUUUGUACGCUUUUUUUUUUUUCAUAUAAAAGUGGCGUGCGCACCGACUGGCCACAACAUUAGGCACAGAGGUCCACGGCAAGAAGAGCUGUAUUGGAAGUUUUUGAUCGACACGUUCAGGGAGCUUGGCAGUGCUGUUUAUUUAACAAAUACUUUCUAUUGUGAUUGUAGUCAUCAUAAUCAGAGCUGCAUCAUCUAAUGAUACAUAAUUUGUUGGAUCACAAGCGGUUAUUAAAACGCUCGUAGGUGGUUUGCCAUUGAACAAUACAACCAGUUUGGUCUGCUGACUGAAAAAAAAAAAACAACAAAACCACAGUCUACUCAAGGAGUAGGCAGCAAAAAAAAGAAAAGAAAAAGGAGACCACUGCAGUAGUGUGUGGAGUACCGUAUAAUACUGCAGUCUUCAGAGCGAAAGUGUAAUGGUGCAAGAGCAAAUUGGCACGUAGGUACAGUAUAUCUAUCCUUGAAUCUGAGUGCUGCAGCUGACCAAGUGCUAUUAAGUGUGGAAAAGGUGUCAUUAGUAGAGAGUUAGAACUAUAUAGUUACCUCCGCUGCAUGGAAAAUGUUCUGGCCUGUCAGUUUGUCACUCUCAUGCAGAUGGCUUCCACGUGUAUUAAAAAGUAACAAAAAAAAAAAAAAUCAUCAUAUAAGGUUAUGAUGUGCCAAUGAUGGGUUUGUGAUGCAUACGAUGUGAAACCAUAAGUAGACACUGGAAAAUGAUGCUUCUUUUUUUUUUGUUGUUGUUCUGAUGAUGAUUAUCAUCGUUCUUUUGGCAUCAUCGUGCGUGUGUGGAGAUAAUGUGAAAACGGUAGUCUUCUUUUUUAAUUCUUUGGACUUUCUUACGCAAACGCUCUUGGCCACGCUUAUCAAAAUGUGCGUUGUGUGCAUGAUUGCAAUUGAGUUGGACAGAUGAUGAAUUUGACUUCAAUUGAUCUUUUUUUUUUUUUUUUAAUCGAUUUCAUUCAACCCAAGAAUUUCAUACAUUUUCACAUAUAAAAGAAAUGAUCAAUGAGGCCACUUGUCCAUGAGCACUUUGUUGGCCUAAUACCAUAGUUGCGUAAGGCCUAUUUGAACAUUUGGGGAAAACAAGAAAAAAAAUAGUACAAACAAUACAUGUGCAUCAAUUCAAUUUUUGCGGAUUAUCACAACCUGGAUGACAAUUUUUUUUUGUUUUGUUUUGCAAGCACAUUGGUAUUUUCCUCAUAGUGUGACAAAUAAUUUCGAAAUGAUUUAGGCGAUUUUGCUACGAAGCUAACGACUUGCUUCUCAGUGAACAUCUGAUCCCGCAGGCAGUGCCUUUCGUUUCCUAAGUCCCCGCAUAACCGUUCAUGUACCCGACGGAUGGACAGCGUGUCCGUGUACACAGGUGCCUCAGUGUUUGUAUGCGUGCUUUUAAAUUGUGUGCACAUCAUUUGCUUUUCUUUGAGGUGGUGUUACGUGACUUUACUUUCUCCCAUGCUGUCCUUCGACGCAUUUGUCAUUCCAACAAACCGUGUGCGCAUGUGCGUGUCUGACUGACUGUUAUUUAAUUUUAAGCCCAAGGGUUGAGGCGUGAUCCUUUUUGGCAACUCAUUUUGUUUGACUUGAAGCGUGUAAUAACUAUAUCAAUAGAGAUGUACAGACUAUCAGACUAAAAUAAUAAAAAGUUAUUCCUUUAUGGAAAUCA